ACUUGUUGCCUCUUACUUUCUUUUUCUUUUUCUUUCGUAUAUAUAUUCAGUCAAAGUAUGCAAUUGGCCAGUCAUAUUCGUGGGUGACAGCUAUAUUUCGUAUAAAUCUUUUUUCUGCUUUCACACUGGAAUUCUCCUUCUCUGCUCCCCUCCUUCUGCUCGGUUCACAAGCUUCAGCUUUAGCUUCUUUGAUUUGUUUUUGUAAAGUUUUCUUGAGUUGGGUUUGUGUUUGUUUUCUCAAUCUUUAGCAGUUGGGAAGAGUGAAAGAACUCUGAAAGAUUUCAGCUUUGAGGUUUUUGUGUUGAUGGGUUCUUGCUUUAGUGUAAGAAUCAAAGCUGAAAGUCCUCUUCAUCAUGGGGCAGACCCAAGAAAUCGCAGCAAAGGUGGGCAUGAUGUCAGUGGAUCUAGUAGUGCAGUGCCUUCAACUCCUCGGACAGAGGGUGAGAUAUUACAGUCCUCCAAUUUGAAGAGCUUUAGCUUUAAUGAACUAAAAGCAGCCACUAGGAACUUUCGUCCAGAUAGUGUUUUAGGUGAAGGUGGAUUUGGUUGUGUUUUCAAAGGAUGGAUUGAUGAGCAUUCGCUAACAGCUGCCAAGCCUGGAACAGGCAUUGUCAUUGCUGUGAAAAGGCUUAACCAAGAGGGUUUCCAGGGUCACCAGGAAUGGCUGGCAGAAAUCAACUACCUUGGUCAGUUAGAUCACCCGAAUCUUGUGAAAUUGAUUGGAUACUGCUUAGAGGAUGAUCAUCGACUUCUGGUUUAUGAGUUUAUGCCAAAGGGCAGCUUGGAGAACCACCUAUUUAGAAGGGCUUCUUAUGUUCAACCACUCUCUUGGAAUCUCCGUAUUCAGAUUGCCCUUGACGCUGCUAAAGGCCUAGCUUUUCUUCACAGUGAUAAGGCCAAAGUGAUAUACCGAGACUUUAAGGCCUCUAAUAUCCUGCUCGAUUCAAACUAUAGAGCCAAACUCUCUGACUUUGGGUUGGCAAAGGAUGGGCCAACAGGUAGUAAAAGCCAUGUUUCAACAAGAGUAAUGGGUACGUAUGGGUAUGCAGCUCCUGAAUAUAUGGCCACAGGUCAUCUAACUAAAAAGAGUGACGUAUACAGUUUUGGGGUUGUUCUCCUUGAAAUGAUAUCAGGGAGGCGAGCUAUAGACAAAAACAGGCCAUCCAGAGAACAAAAUUUAGUUGAGUGGGCAAGGCCUUAUCUUGGCAAUAAACGCAAAAUUUUCCAAGUUAUGGACGCUCGUGUUGAAGGCCAGUAUUCAUUGAAAGAUGCACUAAAAGUGGCUAAUCUUGCAGUCCAAUGCAUCUCACCAGAACCAAGGUUCAGACCGAAGAUGGAAGAAGUGGUAAAAGCAUUGGAACAAUUGCUCGAGUCCAAUGACAAUGAGGGUUCAAGGGGCUCUCGACAUGAAAGCCUCCGAAAGGUUAAUCGAAAUUCAAAUAAUGGUCCUAGAUAUCAUAGGAAAAGUACAGCAGAAACUUGUGAUGGAAAAGCUGCCUCUUAUCCAAGGCCAUCCGCUUCUCCUCUUCGUACAUAAAAGAAUAAAGAUAUUUUGAUUAAUCCUUUACUACUCACAUCUAUCAGAAGAAAAUAACAAAUUUGUGUUGAAUGAUCAUUGUCUCAUGUAUACGGAGUAUGUAAUAUAACAAUCUCUUGUUGUAUAGCUCUUGAUUCCAUAUUAUCAUAACCUGAUAUUUGUUCCACA